AUGAACUACUUAACAAAUGUGAAAAUCUAUAGGAACUGGAAAGCUGCAUUACAUUCAAAGGUUUCAAAUAUCAUACGGAACAGCCUCAUGGUUACAGAACAUGUCUUUUAAUGAUUCCAUAAAGGAUUUAAUCAAGUAAUACCGAUUGAAAUAGAAAAUGAUCAAUCAAGUAAUAAUUGAGAACUUUGACUCGUGAAUGAUUUGCUUACAAAACAUGACAGAAUAAAAAAUGAUAAUACGGAAGACAGUGGAGAGGCAUAAAUAGAUAA